AUGCAGCAAUCUGCACCUCUCGAGCCUCUCGACCUGUUUGCCGACGUCGAAGGACCGCUCACGCAGCUGGAGGCGCUUGAGGGACUGGACGACGAUCAACAGGAUGACAGACUGGGAACGGCUAUGGAGACGUUGAUUGCGCGGGUUGAGGCUCGCACAGACGAGGAAAAGGAGAUGGCUGAGCGGUCGGCACGGGUCAUGGCGGACUUUGCGGACGUCUUUCCGGAUGUCCUUCCAGCACUCACAAAGGAUUAUAUCGAGCGGACGACGACUCGGCACCGAAUCAAGCUUGUUGACACGGCCAAGACGCACAAUCAGCGCCAAUCCAACGUCCCAAGGAAAUGGCGUGAACGCUGGAAAAAGAUGCUUGACGAGCACAUCGCCGCCGGUUGUCUCCGCCCCUCCACUUCGUCCUUCGCUUCCGCGGCUUUCAUCAUCCCGAAGAAGGCUCUCGCGGCGGACCCUCACUGGGUCAACGACUACCGUGGGCUCAACAGCAACACCGCCAAGGACCGCACGCCGCUCCGGUCCCGGACGUUCCCCGCAGAUGCCGCUCUUGCCAAGUACUGGGGCAAGAUUGACUUGUCAAACACGUUCUUUCACGUCGGUUCACGAGGACGACAUCGAGAAGACCACUAUCAGGACGCCGUGGGGCCUCUUCGAAUGGACGGUGAUGCCGCAGGGUCUCUGCAAUGCGCCGGCGAUGCAUCAGGCGCCAUCAAUGAGGCACCCUGUCCGCUCAUCGGAACGGAUCUUUUCACGCUGCGAGUCGAGUCCCUCGGCCACAUCCUCUCACGCGACGGCAUCGAGGCGGACCCGUCAAAGGUUGAGAAGGUCCGCAACUGGUCUCGCCCUUGCACCGUCUCCCAAAUUUGCGGCCUCGUCCAGUACUUGAGGAAGUUCAUUCCGUCGCCUGCGGAGCACACCGAGGUGUUCACGCCGUUGACAAAGAAGGGUGUCGCAGACAUCGAAUGCCUUUGGGGCGAACGGGAGGAGAAGGCCUUCGAGGCAAUUAAGUGGAUCGUCACGUCUCUCCCCGUCCUUCGCCCUGUUGACCAGGACUCGGACGAGCCCAUCUGGCUCAUGACGGACGCCUCGAAGGUCGGGAUCGGCGCGGUGCUGUUGCAGGGCAAGGACUGGAAGACGGAGCUCCUCGCUGUUGUCGCGGCGAUGAAGGCGUGGCAACUUGAGCUUCUCGGCGUUCCCUUUCGCGUCUUCACCGACCACAACACGCUCAAGCACUUCCGGACACAGCUCACGCUCUCCAAGCGACAAUCUCGGUGGAUGGAGGCUCUCGCCGACAACGAUUACGAUUUGUUGUACAUCCCGGGCGAGCAGAACUCGGAGGCCGACGCCUUGAGCCGUUACUCUUUCGGUGAGGAGCCGGUUGUGGCAGUGUGCGGCAUCUCAACCGUUGCCUUGCACGCAGACUUCAUCCAGCGCGUCGUUGACGGAUACCAGGACAACACUUUCUGCGGCCAGCUGCUUGGCAACAUCGACUUGUCGCCAGAUUUCUCGCUUUGCGACGACCUCCUCUACUUCGAGGAGACCCGCCUCGUCGUCCCGCAAGGCGUGGAGGUUCGCGAGGCGCUCUUGCACGACGCGCACGACGCGCUUGGCCACUUCGGACUGAAGAAGACGCUUGCAGCGCUCUACCAGUCGUUCUACUAG